ACUUUCUAUCUGAUCCACUGUUCUUCCUCAUCCCAACACAGACAGGGGUAUGCUAGUGCUUCUUGUGUCUCAAAAUUGUUUAAUGGGGAAAUUGGUCUCGUGGACUUAAUUAGGCCAAAAAUGGUGCGAUGAUUGGGAGGCACGAUAUAUGUGUUUAGAUGCAGAGUUUAAAUAAUUGCAAUGGGUAAAGAAAAUUCGCCACAAACUAUUAUUGGUGGAGUCAGUGGUGAAGUUUGCUCACGAAUUGGGAUUGAAGAUUGCGGAACUUAUUCUCUAUCACGUCAUAGUAUAGACAAGGAGGCAGGCUUGUCAACUUGUCGUGUGUGCCAAUGUUCUGAAUCUGACAAAAGAGGAGAUGCUGCUUUGGGAUUUCUGGGUAUCACUCCACCAUCACGAAAUGCACAUGCAAGCAAUGAGAAGGUGAAGCCUAAUUGUAUAGAUGUUUUGGAAAAUGGUGAAACUGUUUCCCACACUAAAACUGGCAGAAGGGAAUCUGGAUUUCUUGAAUUCGUGAGCCCUAAAGGGGAGGUUUUCGUUUGUAAUACUGAUAUAGAAAAGGGUUUUGAUCUUAAUCAAGACAUAUUAUUUGAGCUUGGUUGUGCUUGUAAAAAUGAUCUUGCACUAGUACAUUAUGCUUGUGCGCUUAAAUGGUUUGUGAACCAUGGAUCGACGGUUUGUGAAAUUUGUGGUUGUGUUGCAAAAACAAUUAGAAUUGGGGACUUCAAGAAAGUUAUGGGUUCUUUGAAGGAUUAUGAAGCAUUAAGGGUGAGGACUGCCAAUGGGGAACCUAAUCCAGCACAGGUGCAGACAAAUACCGCUGUAGAUCCUGAUGUUGUUGCUGCUAUUCGAAGGCAAAGGUUAAGUGAAGUUUUCUUGUGGUUUAAUCCACAUAAUAACAACAAUUCUGCCACAGUUUCACAAGUGGUUACUGAACAACCGUCUAAUGUCAUUGCUGAAGAAGUUGUCCCCGGUGAAAAUCCUGCAACAAAAUGGGCUGUGGAGGGUACCGGGAUCCUGCUUGCUACAGGGCUGCUUACUGUAACUCUGGCAUGGCUUAUUGCUCCUCGUGUUGGAAAGGAAAGAGAACAUUCUGCAAGCAAUAGAGCAUUUGUAUCUGUUCCGCAAGGGACUUAUUUUAAUGGAUGGAGGAGCUUUUCGAAUCUUGUGGACAGUCUCUUGAUGUAUGGUGGUAACUUGGUGAUUAGGAUACUCCUUUGUGUGCUAGUGAAGAAUCGAAGCAUUGCAGAGAUGAAUGAUAGAAGCUUGAAGCUGUGA